AUGUACUUCCAGAUGACCUCAGAAGGAGGCUUGCGGCAAUGCUUGACCGAUUUGUCUCGAGCCGACACUAGUGGUGACUAUCAGAAAGCCUUACAAGCAGCUAAUCGAAUCAUACGUCGUUACCCGAAAGAACUAUAUGCUUUCAAAUGUAAACUGGUAUGCCUUAUCCAACUGGGCAUGUACGACGAUGCUCUUACAUUGCUUAAAAAGACUCCUCCAAAUCAAAUGGGGGAAUGUGCCUUCGAAAAAGCAUACAUUCUUUAUCGCCUCGAAAGGAACGAUGAAGCUUUGGAAGCACUGGCAGCUUGUGAUCCGAAAGACCAUCGCGCUCUCGAAUUGAAAGCACAACUCUGCUAUCGUCUUGAUCAAUUCCAGGUUCCUCAGUACACUUCAUUACUUAUUUAG